GAUUGCAAUCCGCCAUUAAUCUCAGAGAAGAAAAAACAAACGAAGAAGAAACAUCAGUCCUAGCAGCAGAUACGAGCGCAGGUUUCCUCACGUAAAGACGAGGCCAGGCCAACCACAUUAGAUAAUAAAGCAACGUUACACCUUAUAAUGAUUACACCGCCACUCUUCUCUUUUUCAGUUACCACGCAGGAGCUGCAAUGAAGGCAGGAGCCUCAUCCAUGUGGGCUUCAUGCUGUGGUCUGCUGAAUGAAGUCAUGGGUACUGGGGCUGUCAGAGGCCAGCAGCCAGGGUUUGGCGCCGGUGCUGGACCCUUCAGAUUUGCCCCCAGUGCGGGAUACUCCACCUACCCGCCCACCAGCUCAGGGAGUCCAAGUCUUGUAUGCAAGGCCUGUGGCCAGGCCUUCUCGGUCUUUAGGAGGAAGUACAUUUGCUCCGACUGCAAGAAGAGCUUUUGCUCUUUUUGCUCCGUGCUUCAGGAGAAUCUGCGCAUUUGUACCACUUGCCAUUUGCUGAAGGCAACAGCUUUUCAGCGGCCUCGACUCAUGCGUCUACGAGUAAGAGAACUGCGUCAGUACUUGCUGCUGCGCAACAUCCCCAUCGAUACCUGCAGGGAAAAGGAGGACCUGGUUGACUUGGUGCUCUGUCACCAAGGUAUUGAAGAAGAAGAGGAGGAAGACCCUGACACAGCAAGCCUUCACUCACGCUCCCUGUAUACACCAACUCUUUCCACCACACAGUCUGCCUCAGAGCUGUCUGCCUUUGCUGCCUCACAGGAGGAACCGCUCAGCAGAAGUGAUAGUUCUGAUACCAACCAGGAUAUAGGUGAUACCACAUCAGUGUCUCUCCUCAACCUGGAUUCUAGUGAAUAUACGCCUGAGGUGGUAUCUCAUGCACGACGUCGGGCCAGAGCAUCCCUCUCUGACAUCUCCAGUCUGAGGGACAUUGAGGACCUGUCUGUCAGACAGCUCAAGGAGAUCUUGGCCAGAAACUUUGUCAACUAUUCAGGCUGUUGUGAGAAGUGGGAGCUGGUGGAACGAGUCAGCAGGCUGUACAGAGAGACAGAGGAAAACAGGAAAUCAUUUGAAAAUGUGAGCAGUACUGUAACCACAGUGAUGGCCUUCCCCCCUCCUAUCUGCAAUGGUGCCAUUGGAGAUGGGGAGAACUGCCCAUUGACAAUUCAUGACGACAACCUCUGCAGGAUCUGCAUGGACGCCGUUAUUGACUGCGUUCUCCUGGAGUGCGGCCACAUGGUCACCUGCACCAAAUGUGGCAAGAGGAUGAACGAAUGCCCAAUCUGCAGGCAGUAUGUCGUGAGGGCUGUGCACGUCUUUAAAUCCUAAUGCACCACUACACCUGCUUCAGACUGAGACAGUACCUUAACUCAACAAUGCAGCUCAAAAACUUUGAACCCCAAAAGAUUUAUUUUGUAAAUGUUUUCAUUCCCUAAAUUCGUAUGUUACUUCCACACUUGAAUUCUUAAAUUUCUUUUGCUUUUUAAAAAUUUGACUUUGUUUUCACCAAUGUACAGAGUAAGACUAUUCCUUCCUACCAGUCAAUCCUCAAGUAAUCUGUUUUCAUUCUUUGAUUUCAGUUUAGUUUUUCUUACAGUUUUUCAAAGAAUGUGUGGCACAACCACGUACAGGCUUAAACACACCACCCACAGACCUGCCUGUAAUCUGUAGCUGGUGCUUGGCUUCUCUUUACACCUGCUGCAAGUGACUACAUAUCUGAGUAAAGAUGAGACUAGAUUAAUAUUAAACCUCAACACAAGAGAGGGGAGGUAGGUAAACUAGGUGCCAAAUAAUUGGAUCAUGCCCUUAUGCUUCUUACCUGCAUUUUCUCCUAAACUGUUGGGGACAGUGUUGAAAUUUCAGCAUGUUAUCCCAGAAAGCACUUUGUUCACAGUAUGCCAUAAUACGUCACCACUCACAGCUCACCGCAACGAGUAAUAGUGGCUGAGGUAACGUGUGCUAGUACCGGAAAGCUUGGCUAUGCUGAGAAAAGCCAACUAGAAAUCCUUUAGACUCGGUUUUUCUGUUAAGUUUUAAAUAUUACAUAUUCCUCACAUGAGCAGGUGCUCUGCUAAAAUUGUUUAUUUACUGGUGAUUUAUUAGAAAGGGUUAAUUUGAUUGUACCAACCUAUUUUGACACAAUAAGUGCUUAUUUUAAUGCAUUACACAUUCCAGUGGUCAUGCAAAGCCUGUUAUCACAGCAAUAGCUAACCUCCGCUCUCAUCCGUGUCCUGUCUCAACACUUUUGUGGAGACAAAAGACACAAACUGGUGCUAACUCAUACAUCCAUCUUCCUGUUUUCCAGCUGAUGGAUUUAAACUGAAUGUUUUUAGUUUUGUUGUUUACCGUUUGGAGUGAAAUGAAAUGUCUUGAAGCUUUUUAGCUGCUCAUAAAGGAGUCAUUUAUUAAACUAAUUAUUCAAAAAUGUAAUGGAUUUACUGAUGCCUGUGAUAUAGAAACUAUAAAGUUAAUGACUUAAUACUAAAUUAUCUAAAAUUGGGUUUAUUUUUACAAGUUUAUUUCCUGUCAUGUGGCUUGAAAUGUGUUUUAAUCUGCUUAAGUUUGCUUGAGCUUGCUAACCUCCUUGAAUCAGAGCAUGACAUGAAGCUUUAUGACACUGGUUAUGUUUCUUCUCUGCCUACAGAACAAAUACUUACUGUCCUUUUCCCUCUCAGUCCAGCACUGUUUGCCCCCUCCAACACACACACACAGUUAACAUUGCUGCUAUCACAGUAAAAAUGUCAGACAAUGUCCUCUACAAUCAUGGGGAGUAGCAAAGCAGAUUGCACUUUUUCUUUCAGAGGGUAUACCUGUGUGCAAGGUUUGAUCUUUGUAUUUGGGAAUGUUAAACUUUUUAUUUUGGUAAUUAAAGAUUGUAAUUAAAGUCUGA